CGAAUUGCUUCAAAACAAAAUAAAUAAAAAUUAUAUGUAAUUAUAAAUUGACUUGAAGAGAUUAGUUCUUCAGUUUGUCUUCAGUCUUUUUGUGUGCAACAAGACAAGAUGCCCAAUACCAGGACACCUGUAGAUAAUCAACUCUUGGAGUUUGCUGCGAAGAAUAAGAAAUCGGAAUCUGAGUCAGCAACAACCACCACAGGUCAACCCUUAACCUACAAGGAUGCGAGUCUAACAGUGGGUCCCAAAGGACCUAUACUUUUCCAAGACUACUAUCUGUAUGAUGAACUGGGUCAUUUCAGCCGAGAGAGGAUACCGGAGAGAGUUGUACAUGCUAAAGGAGCUGGUGCUUUUGGAUACUUUGAAGUUACACACGAUAUCACCAAGUAUACUGCGGCUAAAGUCUUCUCUCAUAUUGGAAAGAGAACACCCAUUGCUGUCAGAUUUUCUCAAGUGGCAGGAGAAAUGGGCUAUCCAGAUACUGUGAGAGAUCUGAGGGGUUUUGCCGUCAAAUUUUACACUGAAGAUGGAAUAUGGGAUCUGGUUGGCAAUAAUACGCCAAUUUUCUUCAUAAGAGACACCAUCUUAUUUCCGAGUUUCAUCCACACACUAAAGAGAAACCCAACGACACAUAUCAGACCCGACUAUGACAUGUUCUGGGACUUUAUAUCUUUGAGACCAGAAACUACUCAUCAAACUGUUAUGUUUUUCACAGACAGAGGUAUUCCUGAUGGUUAUAGAUACAUGCAUGGUUAUGGAUCGAAUACCUUCGCUUUCGUCAAUGCCGAAGGAAAGUUUUUCUACUGUAAAUUCCACUACUUAUCAGAUCAAGGCAUACGUAACUUGCAGCCUGAUGUGGCAAUGAAAAUCGCUGGGGAAGAUCCGGAAUACUCAAUAAGAGAUCUCUACAAUAGCAUCGCCACUGGAAAUUAUCCCUCUUGGACUUUCUACGUACAAAUCAUGACACCCGAACAGGCUUCAACCUAUCAAUACGAUCCUUUUGAUGUAACCAAAGUUUGGCUGCAUGCUGAUUUUCCUCUGAUACAGGUUGGAAAGUUAGUUUUGAACAAGAAUCCAGUUAACUACUUCGCAGAAGUUGAGCAGAUCGCUUUCGAUGUUGCCCAUCUAAUACCAGGCAUUGAACCCAGUCCUGAUAGAAUGCUGCAGGGUAGGCUCUUCAAUUAUGGCGACACCCAUAGGUACCGCAUAGGUGUAAACGUCAACCAACUUCCAGUAAACAGCCCUUUCAGAAUGAAAAAUUUCGACCGUGACGGUUCUAUGACCUUGGAGAGUCAGGGAGGCGCUCCAAAUUACCACCCAAACAGUUUCGGAGGCCCCGAGCAUGAUCUGAGGGCUAAAGCUCUUUCGCCGGUUCUUCCAAUUUCUGGUGUAGCAGCACGUUACGAUAACGGCCUGAACGAUAACUUCAGCCAAGCUAGGCUCCUUUAUGAACGUGUCUUAACUCCACUGGAAAGAGGGAGACUUGUUGACAAUAUUGUGGAUUGGUUGCGGAGAGCUAACACUGUCAUUCAAGAUAGGGCGAUCAGAAACUUCGCUCAGGUGAAUGACGAUUUUGGAAGGCUCAUCAGAGAGGGAAUUCAGGCUAAAAGCACCACUCACUCUGUAUUAUGAUUUAGUUAACAUGCAGUGCAGUUGUAUUUUAAUAAAAUUCUGACACAAAAAAAGUGUCUUUUUUCUCAGUUA